GGCUAGAAAGCCGAAAGUAUGGCGUCAAGAUUUAAAUAUGAGAUGUCCAAAAUUUUUCAACUUAAGUUGUGAAUAUUGUAUAUUUUAUCUGCAUGUAUUAUUAGUGUGACGUAAAUAUUAUUGAUAUGUUUUCAAAGCGUUUACAACCAUUAGAUGGACAAUGUAAUGUGUUUGCACACUCUGCAAUGAAAAGUAAUGUUUCAUGUAGGUUAUGACAUAAAAUUUGUGGUGGGAUAAUUUUUGUAUACGGCUAAUUUUGCCGGAAAGUCGCGUGUUGUUUGUAAAUAAUAAGUGUAUAAUGAAGUGUAAUGAAGAAACUAAUACCUUACAUGAUGAACCUUUACUCUCGUUUGGUGAUGACACAAUUGCUGCAAUCAAUCAGCUAGAAAUAAGUAGAUUAGUUAAUGAUUUAUCCCCCAAACAGCAAGUUAACUUGAAAAAUACAUCAUUAAUUUUGUCACAAAACCGAAAAGUAGAUUUACAUUUAUCACCUGCGACAAAAAUCCAAACAUCAAUAAGAAACCAAGAAAAUAAUUCUGAAUUAAAUGCAUCUACUGCAAAAAGUUCGUCACCACUGUGUACUCAGCAGAAAUGUGAUCUUGCUUUGUGGGGACUUCCAGAUCCUGUUUUACAGCAAUAUGGAGCACAUGGAAUUAAAUUGAUGUUUCCUUGGCAAGUGGAAUGUUUAAGUCAUGAGGAUGUUUUAGAAGGAAGAAAUUUGGUUUAUUCAGCCCCAACGUCUGCUGGAAAAACUUUGGUAGCUGAAUUACUGACAAUAAAAGCAGUUUUAGAAAAGAAGAAAAAAGCUGUGAUUAUUCUGCCAUUUGUGUCGGUAGUUCGUGAGAAAAUGUUUUACUUUAAGAGUCUUCUUGAAACCAGUGGAGUCAGAGUUGAAGGAUUAAUGGGGGGCCAUUCUGUUCAUGGAGGUAUUAAGAAUGUUGACAUUGCUGUAUGUACCAUUGAAAAGGCUAAUGGAUUAAUAAAUAGGUUAAUGGAGGAAGAUUCUUUGCAAAGAAUUGGAAUUGUUGUUGUUGAUGAACUCCAUUUACUUGGGGAUCCAUUUCGUGGAUACUUAUUGGAAUUGUUAAUAACAAAAAUACGUUAUAUGAGUACAAUGAAUGAUGAUGUAAAUAUUCAAAUUGUUGGAAUGUCAGCAACACUGCCAAAUCUGGAUUUAUUAGCUUCUUGGCUAGAUGCCCGUCUUUAUAAAACUGAUUUCAGACCAAUUCCUUUAAAUGAAUAUCUGAAAGAUGACUCAGACCAUGUAGUUUAUCUCUGCUUAGAAACAGUCUUAAAUGGAUAUUCAUCCUUAAUCUUUUGUCCUACAAAAAAUUGGUGUGAAAAAUUGGCCAUUAGCAUCGCAAAAGAAUUUUUCAGAAUAGGAAGUGAUUCUUCUGACAUUGGCUUGAAAUUACGCGAGCAGCUUAAGUCAGAGGCUAUUGCAGAAGCAUUGGAACAAUUAAAAGCAUGUCCUGUUGGAUUAGACCAUGCACUUGCAAAGUCUAUUGCUUUUGGUGUUGCAUUUCACCAUGCAGCUACUUCAACACUCUCAUCUGGAGUUAACUUACCAGCAAGAAGAGUCUUAAUAAGAACACCAGUCUUUCAUAGGAAACCUCUUGAUGUUCAGGUCUACAAACAGAUGGUUGGCAGAGCUGGGCGCAUGGGAAAAGACACCGAGGGUGAAAGCUUUCUUAUCUGCAAUAAAUCUGAACAAAAAGUUGGUGAAGAGUUAAUUCAAGAUGGUUUGAGACCUAUUGAAAGUUGUUUAGGUCAUGGUGAACUAUCUUCAAGUUUGAAGCGGGCAAUUCUGGAGGUCAUUGCCAGUGGAGUUGCUGAAACUCCAGAGCAACUGGCGUGUUACACCAACUGCACGUUGCUGGCCACUUCUCAUGUAGGCCUUGAAAAUCCUAUUGAAUCCUGUGUUAAAUUUCUUGUGGACAGUGAAUGUAUACGAUUGCAGCUAACGGAAGACAAAAUUACAAAAUAUAUACCAACUCCUCUGGGCAAUGCCUGUCUGGCUGCUUCUAUGUCGCCAGAUGAUGGAUUAGAACUCUUUCAGGAAUUGCAAAAGGCUAGGCAAUGCUUUGUUCUAGAAAAUGAAUUACAUCUUAUCUACUUGGUGACACCAUUCAGUGUGUCUGCUCAGUGGGGAAAUCUUGAUUGGCUGCAGAUAAUGUCACUUUGGGAGAAGCUUCCUCCAAGUAUGCGGCGUGUGGGCAAUCUUGUUGGGGUUGAUGAUGCUUUCAUGGUACGAGCUCUCAGGGGCACCAUAAAUUUACAGAGUUAUAAACAGGUUUGUUUAAAUAGAAGUCCUACAGUAAUGUGAAUGGUAACAGCUUUUUGUAAGCGAUUAGGUUGGAAAAAUUUAGAAUUGUUAGUGUCCCAGUUUCAAGACAGACUCCAGUUUGGGGUUCAUAGAGAGCUCUGUGAACUGAUGCGACUUGAUCUCCUCAAUGGUCCUCGAGCUCGAGCUUUGUUCAAUGCUGGAAUCACUUCGCUAGGAGACUUGGCGUCUGCAGACAUCUGUCAAGUGGAAAAUGCACUUCACAAGAGUGUGACUUUCCAGACAUCAAAGGAAAUGGAAGGUGAAACCGCUUACGAUGCAGCAUAUCGUAAUCAGUUAAAGACUAUUUGGAUUACUGGAAGGCAAGGACUGACUGAAAGAGAAGCUGCAGAACUUCUGAUAAAGGAAGCGCGUGUUUGGUUACAGCAAGAACUUGGCCUUGUUGAUGUUAAGUGGGGAAAUAACAAUGAUGAGACCAAUACAACCAGUCAUAAUGAUACUAAACAUUCAAAUUCUGUUUUUGUGAAGGAAGAUUCCAGAAAAAUUAAUCCAGAUUAUUCUGAAUUGAACAAUUUAAAAUCUUUAACCCCUAAUACAUCUGCUAAUCUUGUUGAAGUGGAUGCUUUAAACAAGAAUGGAGUCAGAUAUAAUUCUAAAAAUGAAACAAUUAUUUGUGAAAGUGAAGAUGAAAUAUUGGAUAAGUCUGAUCACGAAACAACUCAACAAGAGCCUGGAAUUGGCAAAGAGGUUCUUGAUAAUAGCUCUAACACAUUUUUCCCAGAUGACCCUUCUAAACCUGCUUUGAAACUCUAUGAAAAUGAAUUGAAUAAUCAUGAGAAAGCUAAUACCCACAAUUUGGAGAAUGUAGCAAAUCAGUUAAAAGCAAAUACUGUUGUUAAAGAGUCCCAGGCAUCCAAUUGUGAUAGUGAUGAUGAUACAUUAAAAGUCAGUUCUAAUCCACAAUCUAAUGUAAUGAUAUCUCCUAAAUCCCCGUUUGAUGAUAUAUUUGAUACAUCUCAAGAAGACACUGAUUUAAAUGUUGGGGUAAUGCUUUCGAAGAACAAUUCAGUAUGUUCAGUGAAAGAAGGAGAUGUGACUCUACCUUUGGCAAACACUGCUACAAUAAUUAAUAGCCCUGAUGUUGUUUAUCUGUCCAAAGAUAAUAGUCAGGAAACAAAUUAUUCUCUGCAUAAAAAGAGUGACUUGCAAGAACCAAAGAAUGACCUCCAAGAGACACAUACUGCAGAUAUUCAUGGAAACAAAUCCACAUCAAGUUAUGACACUUCUCGUGCUUGUAGUCGACACAGCCUUGAUGUAUUUGCUUCUCCAGUUUCAGUUACUUGUAAAAGUCCAACUAUAUUUGAUGAUAGUUUGAUUAUUGAUUCUCAUCUUGGUAAUUUAUUAGAUGACAAUUGUAAAGGAUCUUCAAAGAUGCUUGAGAAUGAAAAUAAAAAUGAAGUUACUUAUAACAUUACAAAUAUUGCUCUGUUGUCUAAAAAUCCAGACAAGAACAAAGCAUUGCAAUCACCAAAGAAAUUGCUUCCUCCUGCGGAAAAGGGUUAUCCAUUGAUAGAACAGAACGUUUCGUUUAAAGAUAUAUCCAGUGGUAGCAGAAACAUUGUGUUUUCAUAUAACCAUGGGGGUAAAUCUGGUUUGUUACUUGAUAAAAGGUGCACUCUCAUCUCAGAGAAAAACUGUGAGAAAAAUAAUAUAAAUUAUGAGAAUGUUUUAAAGAAGAAUACAAAAAAUGCAAUUGUAGCUUCAUCUAUUGUUGAUGGCAUUACAGACUCGUUUCUAAAACAAGCUUUCACCACAAUUUGUGAUUUUGGUAAUGGCACCAAAAGUGAUUCUUUGAUAGAACAAUCUUUGCCAAAAUUUAGCAAGGAAAAUACUGAUGAAACUCCUAAGAAAUCUUGUCACGUAAAUAAAAUAAACUCUGUAAAAUUUAAUGACAAGGAAAUAAUAGUUUUGUCAAAUGAGAAACUUAAGGAACGUGUAAGUAGGGAAUCAUUAGAAGAGGCAAAGAUUCUACCAGAUGCUCAGGACACUGUAAAUGCACAAGAUAAUUCCCCAUUUAGCACAAAGUGCAAAAGACAGGAGAAGGAUGGAGAUUUUCAGGAUACUCGAAAUAUUAGGAAGAAACUCUCAUUUGUCAGUGAUUCUGAAGAAGAUGAGAACGAUUUGGUUCCAUCAUCCCAGAGUCAAUCAGAUGCCAGCUCUUAUCAGUCUAGUUCCUGCAAUAGCGUGACAUGGAGGAAAAAACAGAAUGAAAAGAAAUUAUCCCCACUUAAACGAAAACGGAUUGAAGAAAGAUAUGAUCCCAAACAAGUUCAGGCAGAUGCUGUUGAUUUAGCUACAAAAAAAAUAAAAACUCAGGGUAACACAUCAUGGGAUUCCUUUAAAGUUAUUGAUGUGUGCGCAGAAAGGAAGAUAUUUGAAGAGUUUACUCGGAAAUUGAAGUCAUGCUCACAUAUAGCCUUUUCAGUUGCUUGUGAAAAGUGGUUAAAUGAUGCUCCUAAACCAUCCAUUGGUGAUAACAUAUUGCGAAGAAAAUCUAAAAAAAAAGAAAAUGUGAGAAGAUUAUUAGUUAAUGAUAAAUGCCAUGUGGUUGGUAUUGGUGUGUGUUUGGGUGACAAAGAAACUUAUUUUAUUGCAUUGAAUCCGGACUCCAGAGGAGAUGGCAGUCAAGGAUUAGUAUCUUUUGGUGAACAACUUGAUUUAGUUGAGAGAUUGAUGACAAGUGAAGAGAAAUAUAUUCUCAGUGCAUUUGAUAUGAAAGAGCAGUAUAAAGCAUUAUAUAAAAGUUGUUCUGUAAACAUUGACAAAGAAGUGUAUGAUCCCAAAGUUGCAGAUUGGUUAUUAGAUUCUGAAUGUGAUGAGAAAGGUCUCCGUCCAUUAAUAACUAAAUAUAUUCCUGAUUCUUUAAAAUUAACAAAGAGAGUUGGGAACAUCACAGGGGUACGCAGUUUGGGUUUGCAAAUCAGAAGUCCUGUUAGAGCUCGAAUGCGAGCUUGUGUGGAAGCUGUUACAACGUGGCAUAUUAUCAGUGCUCAAUGGAAGAAAUUGGAAGAAUCUAAUCUAUUAAAAAUAUAUAAAGAUGUAGAAAUGCCGACUGUAAUGUGCUUAGCUCGAAUGGAAGUUUAUGGAAUUGGUUUUUGUAGAGAGGAAGCAGAAAAACUGCACACUUUAUUUCAGAAGCAACUUGAAGAUUUGGAACAGGAGGCUUUUAAAUUGGCUAAUCAUUCAUUCUCGCUUUCUUCACCAAAUGAUGUAGCAAAGGUCUUAUUUAAGGAACUACAAUUGAAAAUUUGGAAAUAUACUUCUACUCACAAACCAAGUACCAAUAAGGAUGUUUUAAUUAAACUUAAGAAUGAUCAUCGUCUUCCUUCUAUAAUAUUAGAAUGGCGGAAAAUACAUUUCAUCAUGACAAAAAUCAUUCUCCCAUUUUUGAAAGUUGGAAUGUCAGAUCGCAUUUUUGGUUGCUAUGAAACUCAUACUGUCACUGGAAGAAUCACGAUGCACGAACCGAAUUUACAGAGUAUUCCUCGUGAUUUUGAUAUAUCUUUGAGAGAUGGAGACAAUAUGACAGUUAGUUUACGAAUGGCCUUCAUUCCUAAAACAGGGAAAUCUUUUAUUUCUGCGGAUUAUUCUCAGUUAGAAUUGAGAAUCCUAGCUCAUCUUUCUCAAGAUAGAAUAUUACUCAAUAUUUUAAGUAGUGGUGGUGAUGUAUUUAGAAGUGUUGCUGCUUUAUGGAAUCAUAUUGCAGAGCAUGAGGUUACUGAUAGUCUUCGACAAAGAGCCAAGCAAGCAGAGAGGCAGGCUUUGAACACAACAGUUCAAGGUUCAGCUGCUGACAUAGCAAAGACUGCCAUGGUGCUCGUUGAAGCAAGUUUGAAGGCUGUGUUUCGAAAUGAAUCCCCCCGUAUUCGCCGAUUGAGAGAGAACAAACGGCAGUGCAUAGAAAUGUCCACUGCUACUCUCAUUCUGCAUCUUCAUGAUGAAUUGUUGUAUGAAGUGUGCGAUGAAUACAUUGAUGAUGUAAUUCAGAUCGUGAAGGGUGGUAUGGAAGCUGCUGCCAAUUUGACUGUGCCUCUUCCUGUCAAAGUUAAGUGUGGAAAAUCAUGGGGUUCAUUGGAAGAAGUUUUAUAGAUUCUAUUGAACUGUUGCUGCUAGAUAGUUGAUUUGUUGAUUGUUACUUGUUUUUGGUUGUUGUACUUUUUCUUAGUUAUAUUAUUUUUCUAUAAUUUAUUUUUAUUGUACAGUUUUUAAAAGGCAGUGUUGUGCGAUUGUUUUUUUUUUAUACAUUGUACAGCUGGGUCUUUUUAUAUGGUUGUGAUUUAUAUAUCAGUAAUUCUAGAGGUAAAUCAGUAUGUAUAUUGUGUGAAUUCAUUUGGAAGAAACCUAUAAAAAGAUUGAAUUUAAUUUUUUAAUACUUAUUUAUAAUCAAUUUGCAGAAUAGAUUCUAUACAUUUUAUCUAGUCAGUUUAUGUAAGUAGACUUUUACCUUAGAAACAAUUUUCAUCUGAAUAUUGAUAGGUAUCAAUAAUUUUAUUCUGGUAUCAAUUUUUAUUUUGACUUUUAUUGUAGUGUUAUUAUGAUGUGCUUUUUCAGAAUUGCUCAAAUAUAAAUUAAUAAAGUUAAAUUAAUUUUGGAAUUCUUAUACUAUGACAGUUAAUAGUCCUCUGGAAGUAAAUCAGAUAAUGUGAUGAUAUUUUAAUGAAAUAAGAAAAUUAAUUUGUUGUGAUCUGCCUUUUAUCAAUUUUAACUUGCUUGUGCUUUUUUAAGAAGUAAUCAAUUUAUUAUAUUUUACCAUUUCAAAACAAUAAAAGAUU